GUUUGAUAGCUCAAAAGUAUUGAAGCUGCAGAUGAAGACACACAUAAGAUUCGACUAUUCAGUUAAACGGUUGUUGAAGAUGACUGAAGAGCUACAUCUAGAGGAGUUGAAUGGUGUAAAGAAUGUGAUUGAUGAGUUAGAUAUUGAAGAUUUUCCAGAUCUGAAGUAUCUCUAUAUUUGUAACGCUCCAGAGCUUCAUCAAAUUGUUAACUUAAGGGGAUGGGGUCCUUUCAGUGCAUUUCCCAACUUGGAAGUAUUGUUUCUUCGUAAUUUAAUUAAAUUGGAGAAGUUAUUUCAAGCCAGGUUCAAAGAUACGGCUUUUAGCAAAUUAAGAACAAUAACAAUUGAGUGUUGUCAUCACCUAAAGAAUUUGUUCUCCUCUUCCAUAGCUAGCCAGUUUCUCCAACUACAAGAAAUUAGAGUGUCAGACUGCAGCAACAUGGAAGAGAUUAUUGACCACGCCAAGGAGCAAAGGAGCAGAGAAGAUAUUGUUGAAGCAAGUCAAGAAGUAAAGCCAAAGUUUGGUCAGUUGUUGCGGUCCUUGAGAUUACAACGUCUGCCAAAGCUGAUUAGCUUCAACAGUGAUUGUAGCACCAUGCCACUUUUCAAUGAUCAGUUUCUGUUUCCAAACCUAGAGGAGCUGCAAUUGUCGUGGAUUAAUGUUGACAUGAUAAGGAUAGCAUCUUACUGUGUUGAGAACCUGACGAAAUUGAUAAUUCAUGGCUGCCAUAACUUGAAAUACAUAUUCUCAUCCACUAUGGCUAGAAGUCUAGAGAAGCUUGGACACCUUGAAAUAAGGGAAUGCAAGAUGAUGACAAAGGUUCUUUCUAAAGAGAAUGAAGAAGAAAAGGAGAAUUUGAUUUUCCCUGCGCUGAAAUUUCUACAGUUAAAGCAACUUCAAAACCUUGUUAGCUUCUACUUUGGAGAUUCUACCAUUGAAUUCUCAUCCUUGAAUGAAUUGGCUGUAAGAAACUGCCCAGAGUUCAAGGGUUUCGCAGUUAUGUCUACAAGCACAGAUGUUGCAGCAGACAAUCAGCCCCUCUUCAACGAACAGGUUGGAUUUGCUGGGUUAGAGGACUUGAUACUGUCAGACUUUCCUGAAUUGAUUGAAAUAUGGCAUGUUAGGAGGAGGCCCCAAGAAAUUUUGGAUUUCAGAUUGCUUAAAUAUCUACAGCUCUAUAAUUGUGCCCAGCUCUCAUACUUGUUAACCCCUUCCAUGGUAUUUUGCCUUGUGCGACUCAAAUUUAUAAGCAUAAAGAACUGUGCUAUGAUGGAGCAAGUGAUAAUGGGAGAUGGAGAAGAAAGUAAGAUGAUACUCCAACUACUUUGGAGAAUUGAGCUAGAGUCUUGUUCAAAUUUGAUAAGUUUCUAUGUGGGAAGUCAUAGUCUUGAGAUUCCAAGUUUACAAAUAUUUUCUAUAAAAGAAUGCCAAAGGAUGGUUACGUUCGCUGCUUCUACAUCGUCUGGAGAGCAUGAAAAAGAGACAUCUCAUCAAUACUUUUUUAGCUGCAAGGUUGAGAUUCCUGCGCUGGGGCAGCUGAUGUUGUCUUCAAUUAAGAUACAACAAAUAUGGCACUGUGAACUUACAUCGGUACCUUCAUUUGCUCAAAAUCUAAGAGAGCUUAUGGUGACUGAUUGUGACAAUUUGAGAUAUUUAUUCACAUCCUCCAUGGUUAAAGUUUUUACACAGCUUGAAAAACUGGAGAUUUAUGGAUGUAAGGCGAUGGAAGUGGUAAUAUUGAUGGAAGGAUUGGAGGAAGAAGAGGAAGAAAGGAUGUGCCAGACAAUGUUCCCCAAACUAGAGACCCUAGUGCUCUCAAACCUAUCCCGGCUCAUCAGAUUUUGCUCCAAUAGUAAUUCUCAAUUAGAAGAAAGAUCUGAAACUCAAGGACUCAAUGCUAGUGGAUCACAAGUAGUGCCAGUCAUCAAAUCAACUUUGGAGCACACAGAAGCCACUAAGCUUGUAUUUCCUCAACUAAAAUACUUGGAACUUUGCGACCUGCAGAAAUUCAAGGGUUUCUUCUCUCAAAUGCAUAUCAUAGAGUGGCCAUCAUUGAAAAGAAU